AGACGCGCAAGAGACACCUCCCCGCGGCGAGCAGCGGAGUGCGCGCUCGCGUUGACGUCCCUUCCAGCCCGGAGGGGUUUUAUUAUUCUUGCUUCUCACCUCAGGGAAGGGCGCUCGGCGGGAGCGGCGCUGAGGCAGCUCCCUGUGGAAGGAGCCUGUGAGGAAAGGAGUCGUUCUGCGCCUGGGCUGAAAGUGAGCAAAAAAGAGCCGUGCUCCCUUACCUCGGGCCAGCUCCACGUUAAGCUUUCGGGGGAACGCUUGACUCAGGGAAUUAAGGUAUAAACUUACCGGAAGUUCGUUGCUGAAAAACAAGAUGGCAUCAGACUCAAGGCCACCUCCAUAUUAUGAAAAUUACGCCUAUCAGCCAGAAAACCUUGUUCCUCCCAGACAUGCCAGUGGCUUUAAUGUGUGCCAACAGUAUAGAUCUCCAUAUUGGCCUGCAACAGUACCACAUUAUGUCCCAAGAGUUUGCAAUCAACCCUCAAUUCCAGCACCUGCAGUUGUGCAUCCCAGUUCUUCAUCUGCAAAAAUCUGCACACCAAGAAUCAGGAAAGCUCUGUGCCUCAGUCUUUCAAUUAUAAUUCUGCUUGUAGGAGCAGCAAUCGCAGGCAUUCUGAUCUGGUACUUUGUGACAGACCAUUGUUUUGGAUCCAAAAUACGGUGUGGCACUCAAGCAGUAUGUGUGUCACCCUCUCAGUGGUGUAAUGGAGUAGAUGAUUGCCCAAAUGGUGAAGAUGAGAAUCGUUGCGUUAGACUUUAUGGACCAAGAUUUCUUCUGGAAGUCUAUUCAUCAGAAAGCAAAGACUGGUACCCUGUAUGCUAUGAUGAUUGGAAUGAUAACUAUGGGAAGACUGCCUGUGUAGACAUGGGAUAUAACGAAGACACGUAUUUCAAAAGUGAGGCAACAAAACUCACUUCUACCUUUACAAGCUUUAUGAGGCUAAAUACAAGCGCUGAGGAUACAGACUUGUACAAGAAGCUGUAUAACAGCAAGCUGUGUUCGUCAGGACGUAUGGUCUCGUUAAGAUGUAUAAAAUGUGGCUCCUCAAGUAAAAAUCCAAAUCCUCGAAACAGAAUCGUGGGUGGAAAUGUAGCUGUACUUGGGGAAUGGCCAUGGCAAGUCAGCCUUCAUAUCCAAGGAAUCCACCUAUGUGGUGGGUCCAUUAUAACUCCAGAAUGGAUUGUUACAGCAGCUCACUGUGUAGAAGGGUCAUACUCUCAGCCAAUUUACUGGAGAGUUUAUGCUGGAUUUCUGUUGCAACAGGAAAUGCUUCGUUCAAGGGGACACAGAGUAGCCAAAAUAAUCCCUCAUCCAAAUUAUGAUACAGAGUCUAAAAACAAUGAUGUUGCUCUUAUGAAGUUACAAUCUCCUCUAAAUUUUAAUGAAGUUAUAGGGCCAGUUUGUUUGCCCAACCCGGGAAUGAUGUUUCAGCCUACACAACGCUGUUGGAUAUCUGGAUGGGGAGCACAACACCAAGGAGGUAAUACUUCAAAAGAACUGAAUGCUGCGAUGGUACCUCUGAUAGAAUCCUCUAGAUGUAAUGCUAGACAUGUUUAUAAUGGACACAUUCUGUCUACUAUGAUUUGUGCUGGUUAUCUAGAAGGAAAAGUGGAUUCUUGUCAGGGUGACAGUGGUGGUCCAUUGGUAACUGAGAAACAUGCUGUCUGGUGGUUAGUGGGUGACACAAGUUGGGGAACAGGCUGUGCUAGUGUAUAUAAACCUGGAGUUUAUGGUAAUAUGACUCAGUUCACAGACUGGAUUUAUAGAAAUAUGCAGGCAAACAGAUGAUGAUGGUGUUUUGUCCUACAUUCCUUCCAUAGAACGAAUGAUCUUCUCCAUUAGUGAAGAAUCAUCUUGGUCUUCAUAAUUCCUUUCAAUAAGUGCCUUUUAAAAAGAAUUCUAGGUCCUCAACACUUCAGAUGGAAUACAACCUGACUGUUUGCAAGCUGGUAGCAUUUGCACUAAUAUCCAGCCUAAAAAAGAGUUCAUAGAAACCUCUUUUUUUAAUGUGAUGCCUCAGAUGGCUAACAAUCCUUUAAUCAAAUUAAUUACUGAAGUUUACUCAAUUUUUCAGGAUUGCCAGACAGGAUUUUUUAAAAAUAUUUUAAGUUAUAAUAAUCACAUUUGUAAAUUGCAAUUUUCUAUUAAUGUAUUAGAAUACAAGAACAGAAUCUUGUUUGUUUUUCUUGGUGUUAUUUAAUAUUUUAAUGAUUGUAAGUGUCUGGGCUGCUGGUUAGUCCAAGAUUUCAAGGGUGGUCGGUGAACAAAAUGAUGAAUGCAAUGAUGUGAUGUGUGAAAUUCUUCUCCAAAGUACAAUUAAGAGAAGGAAAAUUCUCUCUCUCUCUCUCUCUCUCCCCCUCCCUCUCUCGAAGUAUCUAAAAUUCCUCAUGCCCGUUACAGGUGUGGUGUUGACUCUGAGAUCAAGUAUAUAUCCAGUUUGAAUGGAACUUCCCCUUCUGUGGUGUUAAAAAUAAUCAGAGAGUGACUCACAAAAUGAGAAAGACCUUGAACUUUGUUUUGUGGUUUUGUUGAACAGGGGAUUCCAGCAUCAUGUUACAUCUGCAUAAAUAAGUCACCAGCAUUCAUUAGGCUGGAAUAAUGGUUGUUCUGGCUUGUAUUAGAUGCAUGUUCAGACAUAGGGGUGGGAAGCAGUAAAUAAUGAAGAACUCACUGCUUUCUGAGCUGUGUAGAGAAAAGUAAUACCCAUUUAAUCAAGUGACUACCUCAUUUUAUAGAACUUUGAUAAUUGUUUGUGCUGAGCAGGAAAACUUCUUAAUCUUGUUUUUAAAGUAAUGUAUUUAUGUAAGAUGUAGGGUUUUUAAAAUGAAAGCAGAAAUAAAUUUAACUACCUAGAAAACAGACCUAGAAAAUCUGAUCAGUGCAAUAGUAGUAACUCUGUCAAGACUAUGCUUUGCUUUGAAUUUAAUGGACUGAAACAAUAUACAGUGCUGCUACUAAAAUGUACUUUAAUGUUCCUGUUAGUGGAGAGAAUUCUGCUUCAGGUUUUGCAGAUAAAAAGUGUACACUCAAGUGCCAUUGAAAUGAUCACUUAUUUUAAAGUAGGCCUAGUAAUGAAAUUUAAAGAUAACCUAUUUGAAUUAUGCAUAGUUAUUAGCUUGUUCAAUUUUAAGCAGCAAAUAUUUGUAUUUAGCUAAAGAAUUUAAAACACAACAUGUGUUAUACAAAUGAAUAAACUUUUUGCUAAUUUU